AUGGCGAUCCAGCCGGUGGUCACGGAGGGCGCCAAGAUGGAGAAGUCGCCCACCUCCCAAUCGGUUAUCAACAUCGUGCCUCCGCGAGACCAGUGGGAGUUCAUGCAACGCAUUCGCACCCUCCACGUAAGCGAAGCGCGGUGCGGCCCGCACAUUUCCUUCGUGGAGCCGUUCGUGAUGCCCCAGCACUACGGCGAGGCCGUCAAACUGCUCACCCCGGUCCUUCGCAACAUCGAGCCCUUCGAAGUUGUCCUCAGCGAGGUGAGUUAUUUGCGGCAUGACAAGAGCACGACGGUCAUCUUGGCACCUGAUUAUGAGAGCAGCAUCGUAAGUCUCGUCGGUGCCAUUCUUAGGAUCUUCCCUCAAUGCUCGGAUUUGCUGUCUCGUGGCCAGGGCAGGGGGGCUGGGCAACUCCAGUUCGUGCCUCAUUUCACCCUCCGCAAGUUCCGCCAAUUCAUGCUCAAGGAGAUCUACAUCCUCAAUCGCAUCAAGGGCGACCCAUUCCAGGUGGCCCACAUCAUCCCCCUCGGCGAUCCCAAGUUGCACACGCAGCCCUAUUUCGGCCCGGGGAGCCCCGGCACCUUUGGCACGGCUGAGGAGAGCACUCCCCUCGGCCGCUCCCUGCUCAUUGGAGGCAUCCCGCAGCGGUUGGAGGAGUCGGUGGUGCAGUCGGCCUUCGAGGUGCUGGGCUUCGUGCCCAAGGACGUGGAGGUGGUCAAGAACCCCGACGGCGCCCGCCGCAGCUGCGCGGUGGUCGAGAUGGCGACCGUCGACGACGCCCGGCGCGCGCUGGAGACCUUCGAUGAGGUCGUCGAGGCCCACCUGGCCGAGCUCACCGAGCUGGGCCUGCAGCCGCGCUCCCUCUACCUGCGCCACAUGCCGGAGAUGGUGUUCCCGGGUCCGCCGGGCGACUGCUGCUCGCACCGUCACGUCAAGCGCGAAGACGUGGACCCGCCCGAAGACUGGGAGAGCAGCGCACAGGAUGAUUAG